UCAAACAAUACAAUUAUUCAUCAUCUUUUCAAUAUUUUUCAUUUUUCAAAUAUCGAGCGAUGAUGAUCAUCGGUCACAGAGUGUUGAGAUUACUAUGAAUCGUGUUCUUAUCGAUUACAGUUAUGGUUUUUGAUUCAUCGCACACUUGAAAAAAAUAUCUUCCCGAUUAUUCCAUAGCAGAGGCCUGUAAUUGAAUUACAGAGUACGAGCUUGUCAAAGUCAUGGGUGCUGGGAAUUUUGGAGUGGCUAAGGCUCACGAGAGUCAAAAAAUCCAAAGAACUCGUUGCUAUGAAAUUGAUGAGAACUUGGCGAGAGAGAUUAUUAAUCAUAGAUCACUUCGUCAUUCUAAUAUAAUCAGGUGGUUUUGACACCAACGCAUAGCCACUUCUAUGGAAGAUGUUGCUGGCGGUUAGUUAUCUACAGCGCUGGAAGAUUCAGUGAGUGCUUCUUCUGGUCAUUUUAAAGUCAUGAUUGGUGUACAAAAAUGAUAAAUUUGUAGAGUUAUAUGUUGCCUGAGAUUAGUUGAGAGGAGGAAAGAGGAAUAUGUGUUUGUAAUCGUUUAAGGCUGCUUCUAGGAUUAUGAUUGUUGUUUUUUGCAGACCUUUGUUUUUACAUGCAAGAUAUGUUUUCCAGCAGCUUAUAUUGUACCUGAGGUUCUUUCUCGCAGAGAGUUCGAUGGCAAGAGUUGCAGGAAAACAUCAUAAAACUUUUUGAUCAGCCUAUUGCAGCAGAGAAGAUAAAGAGAGUUGUUCAAACAGAUCUUGAUAGACUAAGGAGCUGCAAAGAAUUUGACUUGGUAUAGUCAAGAAAAAGGGACGCUUUGAUGAAGCAACUGAGGUUACGGUAUCGCCCUCUCUCUCAUAAAAAACACAGCCAAAAAGCUUAUUACAAUCAUAACAAGAAAAACACUAACGCACGAAAACAAAAAAACGUAAACACAACCCAAACAAAAAAAUUCAUAAAACACACACAAAGAAAAUGCAAAAAUGCAAAAACGAAUUCCAAAACUUCACCAUCACACACAAACUCCACGUUCACAUAAACUUAACCAUCACACAAACUCCACGUUCACAUUAGGUCCACGUUCACAUUAACUCCACGUUCACACAAGUUCACGUUCAUACAACUUCAUGUUCGCAUAAACCGCACUACUUCACGUUCACAUAGAGUUUGCUACUCUGCUGCAACACAUAGGAUAUGUGUGAUUGUAUUUGGCUCAGUACACUCCAGUCUCUUGGACUUCAACCAAGACAACUCAGUUUUAAGACAACUGGUUCAGAAACGUCAUGUACAUCAGGCGAUCCAAAUAUUCUCUUCUAUGCCAACAUUUAUUUUGCAGAAUUAUAAUAUCUCAAGAGGAACGAGAGCAGCAAAAAUGAACAAAUGGCUGGUGGACGUAGACCAAGGUACAUUUUCAUCAUCUGCAUCUGUUAUUUUCCUCUUUGUUUCAAGUGUGGUUGAACAAAACGUUUGUAUUUUAUUUGCUCUAUGUGAUUCUGUUUAUGUGACUUACUAAUAAAGGUCACUGAUUUCAAGAGAAAUAGAUGAAGCUUUGCUAUAACUGGUAGCUUCCAACAAUGCCUUACAUGUCAAUAUUAUGUGAGUUGAGAAAGCAACCAAAUGUCGACAGGGAGGAUUCUGGAAAUUAUAUAUAUAUUUAUGUAGCUUGUAUUAACUUAUUUCUUCUUUAAACCAGCUUUUCAGUAAGAUUAGAGGAUCAUUUCCAGAUGCUCAUGAAUGAUUAGGAAUAUAACUUCGUGUGAGCCUAGUGAUGUAUCUAUUAAGGAGUUGGUAAAACCUAAAGAGGCUUGUAUUAGGGAUCUAAGGAGGUGCCAGAUUUUAUGUUUAAUCUAGAAUAUUUAAAGUUCUGAAAGCAAGGAAAUAACUUGACUAGGUAUGUCCCAUGACCUCUUAGGAAAAGAACAAUGGCUAGUGAGGACUUGCACUGAGAGAUGGUUCACUCAUGCGUCUCCUACUCUCUUCAACGCUGGAACUCCAAGGCCUCAAAUGAUCGCAUUGAUGAAACACUCAAAAGAGUGUGCUGUUAUAAGCAAAUCUGCUGGCGGUAUUGGUGUUUCAGUUCAUAACAUUCGUGGCACAAAUGGAACAUCUAAUGAUAUUGUUCCAAUGCUGCGUGUAUUCAAUGCUACUGCUCGUUAUGUUGACCAAGGAGGCAAGAGAAAGGGAGCCUUUGAUGUAUACCUGGAGCCAUGGCAUGCUGUUGUCUUUGAGUUUCUAGAGUUGCGGAACCAUGGGAAGGAAGAACACAACGGUAGAGACUUGUUUUAUGCUCUCUGGGUUCCAGAUCUUUUCGUGGAGAGGGUCCAGAGCAAUGGGCAGUGGUCACUGUUUUGUCUAAACGAAGCUCCGGGUUUGGAAGAUUGCUGGGGCACUGAAUUUGAGACACUAUACACGAAGUAUGAAAGACAGGGAAAGGCCAAGAAGGUUGUUCUGGCGCAGCAGCUUUGGUUUGAAAUACUGAUAUCCCAGGUAGAAAUAGGAACAACAUACAUGCUUUUCAAGGAUUCAUGUACCAGAAAAAGUAAUCAGCAAAAUCUGGGAACAAUAAAGUCAUCCAAUUUAUGCACUGAAAUCAUUGAGUACACAAGUCCAACAGAAACUGCUGUGUGAAAUUCGUAAGGGAGAAGGUGAGUAGGAAACUGGCUUGCCGGUUCUCUAAAUUGAUUUAUGAUGCUAAGGUAAAUUGAACCAUGUUUCUUUAGUAUUUUGCUUAUCUGCUCUCUGCGUAUUUAAUCGUCAUAAUUUUCAUGGUUUCAUGUGAAAUUUAUCUGUCGUUUGAAAAUUUGUCCAGGUUAAAGCACUAGUGUUUACUAACUCUUACAUAAUGCUAUAAUUGAAUCUCUAUUUUUUUAGGACUAACAACACUUAAAAUUAAAAAUUUUGUGGAUAUGGCACAGCCAAUCAGAUCCUUGCUAAGGAGCAUCACGGAAUUUUGGUUUAGCCAAGAAUAAGUGACCCUUGGAUGACGUACGUAACUGAGUUACGGUUAAACUUAACAUAAAAACACGAACCACGACCAAAACUACACAAAUUCAAUUAAAAAAGAUGCAAAAUUAAACUUCACAAUUUCACGAUCACAUAAACUCCACAAUUUCACUAUCACAUAAACUUCACAACUUUAAGAUUGCAUAAACUCCACAAUUUCACAAUCACAUCAACUACACGAUUACAUAAACUCCAAGAUUUCACGAUCACAUACUAUUUCACGAUCACAUAAAAUCCACAACAUUAAGAUUGCAUAAACUCCACAAUUCCACGAUCACAUAAUCUCUACGAUUUCUCGAUCACAUAAACUCUACAAUCUUACGAUCACAUAAACUCCACAAUUUCAAGAUCACAUAAACUACGCAUCACCACGAUCACAUAAACUCCACAAUUUCACUAUCAUGUAAACUUCACGAUUUCACGAUCACAUUAACUCCGCGUCGCCACGAUCACAUAAACUCCACAAUUUCACCAUCUUCCUCAAUUUCACGAUCACAUAAACUCCACAAUUUCACGUUCACAUAAACUCCACAGUUUCACGUUCACAUAAACUCCACAAUUUCACGAUCAGAUAAACUACAGAUCAGCAUGAUCACAUAAACUCCACAAUUUCACCAUCCUCCACAAUUUCACGAUCAUAUUAACUCCACAAUUUCACGAUCAUAUUAACUCCACGUAGCCACGAUCACAUCAACUCCACAAUUUCAUGAUCAUAUAAACUCCACAAUUUCACGAUCACACAAACUCCACAAUUUCACGUUCACAUCAACUCCACAAUUUCAUGAUCAUAUAAACUCCACAAUUUCACGUUCACAUAAACUCCACAAUUUCACGAUCACAUAAACUACGGAUCAGCAUGAUCACAUAAACUCUACAAUUUCACCAUCCUUCACAAUUUCACGAUCACAUAAACUUCACGAUUUCACGAUCACAUUAACUCCACGUAGCCAUGAUCACAUCAACUCCACGAUUUCAUGAUCAUAUAAACUCCACGUCGCCUCUAUCACAUAAAUUUUGCUUUGCCUUGCAACAGUUUCAGUUUAUAUUGUCUUUUCGAUGUUUUUCUUAGCAUCGUGACUUGUAUCAUUGUGACUUUAAUCUUAUUUAGAUAUCUCCAUUCUUGUAAUAUUUUAUUGUUAUCAAUUAUUACACUGCUUAUAUAUUAUUUACUUUAGUUUUUAAAGUA